CCUUCUCUCCUCCGCAGGUGACCCGAGGAGAGCCUCAGCCUCCGAGCCGCUGAGCAAGCCCCGGUGCAGAAGAGCCCCACUUGCAGAAUUCCAGCCACCUUCGCUCGCCCUCCUCCCCCUUUAGAAUUUGGUUCCCCCUGUAGCCUUCCGUACCUGUUUUUCUGGAAUUUCUUUUUUUCUUCCUCUUCUUCUCUUAGCUAAAAUACUGCUUAAAGGUUUUUUGUUUUUUUUUUUUAAUCUCCUUUGCUCACCUUUCCUUCCUAGUUUUCCCAUUGCCCCACUGAAAACAAAUCAUUAAACGACCCCCGCCCCUCCGACGGCAGGAGCACCUGCAGAGUCUCAGAGCCCCGCGACCCUCCAGUCCGACCGCCCUCCCUCUCCGCGCGCGGGUUCCGGGCCCGGCGAGAGGGCGCGAGCGCAGCCGGGGCCAUGGAGGUGACGGCGGACCAGCCGCGCUGGGUGAGCCAUCACCACCCCGCGGUCCUCAACGGGCAGCACCCGGACACGCACCACCCGGGCCUCGGCCACUCCUACAUGGACCCCGCGCAGUACCCCCUGCCCGAGGAGGUGGAUGUACUUUUUAACAUCGACGGUCAAGGCAACCACGUCCCUUCCUACUACGGAAACUCCGUGAGGGCCACGGUGCAGAGGUACCCUCCGACCCACCACGGGAGUCAGGUGUGCCGCCCGCCCCUGCUGCACGGAUCCCUGCCCUGGCUGGACGGCGGCAAAGCUCUGGGCAGCCACCACACCGCGUCGCCCUGGAACCUCAGCCCCUUCUCCAAGACGUCCAUCCACCACGGCUCCCCGGGGCCCCUGUCCGUCUACCCCCCGGCUUCGUCCUCCUCGCUGUCGGCGGGCCACUCCAGCCCGCACCUCUUCACCUUCCCGCCCACCCCGCCGAAGGACGUCUCCCCGGACCCGUCCCUGUCCACUCCGGGCUCGGCCGGCUCGGCCCGGCAGGACGAGAAAGAGUGCAUCAAGUACCAGGUGCCGCUGCCCGACAGCAUGAAGCUCGAGUCCACGCACUCGCGGGGCAGCAUGACCACCCUGGGAGGGGCGGCCUCGUCGGCGCACCACCCCAUCACCACGUACCCGCCCUACGUCCCCGAAUACAGCUCCGGACUCUUCCCGCCCAGCAGCCUGCUGGGGGGCUCCCCCACCGGCUUCGGAUGUAAGUCGAGACCCAAGGCGAGAUCCAGCACAGGCAGGGAGUGUGUGAACUGCGGGGCCACCUCAACCCCACUAUGGCGGCGGGAUGGCACCGGGCAUUACCUGUGCAACGCCUGUGGGCUCUACCACAAAAUGAACGGACAGAACCGACCCCUCAUCAAGCCCAAGCGAAGGCUGUCGGCAGCAAGAAGAGCAGGUACGUCCUGUGCAAACUGCCAAACCACCACCACGACGCUCUGGAGAAGAAAUGCCAAUGGGGACCCCGUCUGUAAUGCCUGUGGGCUGUACUACAAACUUCACAAUAUUAACAGACCCCUGACCAUGAAGAAGGAAGGCAUCCAGACCAGAAACCGAAAAAUGUCUAGCAAAUCCAAAAAGUGCAAAAAGGUGCAUGACACGCUGGAGGACUUCCCCAAGAGCAGCUCGUUCAACCCGGCUGCCCUCUCCAGACACAUGACCUCCCUCAGCCACAUCUCCCCAUUCAGCCACUCCAGCCACAUGCUGACCACCCCGUCGCCGAUGCACCCCCCGUCUAGCCUCUCCUUUGGACCUCACCACCCUUCCAGUAUGGUCACUGCCAUGGGCUAGAGCCCCUGCUCGAUGCUUCUAGGCCUCCCGGCGAGAGUCCCUCCAGCCCCUCCUACGUGCAUUUUUGCAGGAGCAGUAUCAUGAAGCCGAGAACCGAUGGAUCUAUGUUUUGAAGGCAGAAAGCAAAAGGGCGGUUGUCACUUUUGCAAAGGACCUCACUGUGCUGUGUUCUCGAUCACCGAAUCUGGAUCCCAUUUGUGAAUAAGCCAUUCAGACUCAUAUUCCCUAUUUAUCAGGGUCUCUCUAGUGCUGUGAAAAAAAAAGAAAAAAGAAAAAAAGAAAACAAACCAUGCCGAACAUUGCAUAUAACUUAUAUUGUAAGAAAAUACUGUACAUUUGAAGAAGACGUUAUUGCAUCUGGGGAGCUGUAAGAAAGGCAUUGAAGGACGCCAAGAAUCUUAAGGAAUACGGGGAAAUAAAGUGUGGAAAUUAAGAAGAAACUAGGUCUGCUAUUCACAUGGACAGACCGCCAGUGUUGAUUCCUUGCACUGGUCACAGUUGGAUGCAUUAAGAGGAUAAAAAAAAAAAAGAAAAAAAAGAAAAAAAAAAGAAAAAAGUCGUAGGCAAAUCAUUCGUUCAAAGCGGUGGGCCUCUGUCUAGAAGAUUCUAUCAGUUCUGGGUGGUCAGUGUGGCCACUCAUGCACACAUUGCCAUCAAAGGGGUCCCAGAGCUUCGCUCAGGCCUCCCCGCUUUGUGAACAAGUCCCUGUAAUUGUUGUUUGUAUGUAUAAUUCAAAGCACCAAAAUAAGAAGAGAUGUAGAUUUAUUUCAUCAUAUUAUACAGACUGAAUUGUUGUACAAAUUUAUUUACUGCUAGUGUUAAGAACUACUUUUUGUUUUCAUAUUUUCCUUCUUUCUCGAUUUUUUGGUUGAAUAAACUAGAUGACAUUCAGUUG